CGCGUUUGAUGCUUUAAUAAUUGGAUUUUAUAAGAACUAAAUAGUGUGAAAACUCAACAGUCCUGUGCAUAUUUUCAUGCUUACAAGUUGUGCAUGAGAAACAUCAUAUUUGCAGGGGCGAAUACCAAACGUUAGUUCGUGAAUCUGUGCAGCAUGCGACGUAAAGCUGUUUCAAAGGGCUCUCCGGAAAAAUCUUCCCGACGUUCGUCUAGAAGAGGUCGCAAGUCUCCGACAGUUAGCCCUGAGAGAGAUGCAGCCGACAAAGAGGAACAAUGUGAAGGUACGGAAGAGACUUUAGAAGAGCAUAAAUCUGACAACAGUGACUCGGAACGAGAAGAACCGGAUUCCCGAAAGAAAAGUAAGGGUCGCCGUAAUGUUAAAUCUAGGGCAUCCGAAGAGAGGACAGCUAAACCAAGAAGAAGUGUCCGUCGUAAAUCGCAAUCUGUAGAUCCUUCAGACAAGGAAGAAAGCGAGAAAGAAGAAAAUGGUGAACAAACAGCUGAAAGGGAUACAAAUGUUAUGGAAACAAUUCUGGAAGAAAAAUCAGAAGAGGUUCAUAAUACAACAACAACAUUAGAUGAAGCAGAAGUUCAUGUACAGAGCGAAACGCUUGUGGAUCAGACACAAGAAGAUAGCGACAAGCAAAAAAAGGAGUUGGUAAGUUUAGAUGUUGUUAACGGAGAAGAAACGGCAAUAUCAGUAGAAAAAGUUGCAACUGAUUUAGGUGAACAGUCUCGAGAAUCAGGAGAAGUUGAUUCAGAAAGUGUGCAGGAUGACGAAAGUCAAUCGGCAAGUGUAUUACAAAAAGCUGCUGAUACAUUGGUUUGUGCAAAAGAUACAUCUUCAUCGUUACCGGUGCAGCCAUUAGUACAAACACCUAAAACGGCGCGCAAGUCGCGCUUCAGAUCUCGUUCCCGUUCUCCUAUCCCAGCGGAGAACGCCAACACUGAAGAACCUGCUAAACCCGUCGAUGAUAAAAAUGAUGAAGAAUUAGAAGCUGGAGAAAUCAAAGAUGAACCGAUACUCAAACAAAGUCCAGAUAAAAAGACAGUCGAGGAAAAGGUAGCACGCAAACCUCUUCAACGAAAACGACGUUGGCUAUCGUCAAAAAUCGAUACCAAAUCAACAGUUAUAACUAUUUCCACCGACUCUUUGAAAAACAUUAUUUCUGAACCAGUGCAACCGGUACCUUUGUCGGAUGUAAAACUAGAAUCGUCUCCAGAGCCUGAAGAGAUAGUAGAUAGCAAUGAAGAGCAGCCAUCAGAUGAGCGAAGAAGGUCAAGAGACAAACCGGCAUCAAAGUCAUCCGAGAAAGAGAAUGUCGAUCAGGAUGCUCAGGGCGAUGCGUCUAAACCAAAAUCAUCGGAAAAGAUCGUAGUGACCCGGAAGAUCAGUAUUGUUAGUGACAACGGCACUAGUUUGGCGGCAAGACCACCAAGUCCGGCUCGACACCAUUCCAGCAACAUUUUGUACAUCACAAAUUUGGUGCGGCCUUUUACAGUGCUACAACUAAAAGGACUGUUGGCACGAACCGGGAAAAUAAUCGAGAACGGAUUCUGGAUUGAUAAGAUAAAAUCAAAGUGCUACGUUAAAUAUGAAACGGAAGACGAAGCGGUUGAAACUCGUCACGCACUGCACGGCGUCCGAUGGCCGACAUCAAAUCCCAAAUGUCUAAAUGUUGAUUUUGGAACCGAAGCCGCUAUGGAAAAGGCCAUAAUUUCUACAUUAGAUGACACCGGUACUACGCGUAUAACAAUUGAUAAUCCAAAGGAAGCAAAAGAUUUCGGCUGGAGCCGUGAUGCGGUGAAGCAUGAGGACAUGCACGUCUCACGACCUGUUCGUGAAUGGGACCUGGGGAAAAAGGAUGCCUUCGAACAUGACCGGGAACGUGAACGUGAGGGAGAUCGCAGUGGCCGCGACAGGGAUCGAGAGCGCGACAAGGAACGCGACAGGGACAGAGAACGGGACCGUAGCAGUCGCAACGACGAGGGAAGAGCUGAUCGAAGCCGCAGGCGUUCGAUGGAUCGGGAAUACGGCAGGGAUCGAGAUCGGAGGCGUACCAGUACUAGCUUAUCUCCAGCGCGCAAAUUCAAAAAGAAGGAAAACGAGCCUCCCAUCAGAUUGUUGGACGAUCUUUUUAGGAAAACCAAGACUACACCAUGUAUCUAUUGGCUGCCGUUAACAGCUGAACAAAUCAUAGAAAAGGAAGAACAACGUCGCAAGAAUUUAGUUGAGACCCAGCGUCGCCAAGAGGAGGCACGGAAACAUGAAGAAGAACGUCGUAAAGAACGAGACCGCCGCGACCGCGAGCGUCGCGAACGGGUUCGUUCCAAUUCGCGAGAUCGCCGUCGUCGUUCUCGUUCACGUGACGACGGUCGACGACGUCACCGUUAAAUGCUCCAUGAAUCUAAAUAAACGAAACAACAGAAGAUUGCGAUCUAAUGGACGGACAUCAUGGACAGGCGUAGCGUGGAGUUUUAAGUAAAAUAGUGCAAGACAAAGAGAUACUACUUUCCAGGGUUACCCGCUCGCGUUGAACCGGGUACUCUCGGCGACGAAUCCCAAUAGGGUCUGUGCGCAAUAUUAUUGUUUUUUUUUAUCAUUACCUUUCAUUCAGAUUUUAGUUUACCUUCGGUUUGUUUCAUUUUUUUUUUUUAUUUAUUCAUUUAACAGUGACAAUACUGUUUUAGUUAUUUGCAGCAUUUUCUGUGCGUUUUGUGUUCGACGCUUCUAAGUUUGAGCACACUUUAACCGCCAACUUUUUAAAAUUGUAAAAUAAAUUGGUGAUAUCAUUAUUUACCUUUAUGGGCAGAGCAUCGUUCCGUUUUUAGUAACAAAACAGGCAUUGCUCUAAUUUGCCAUUCAAAAUAUGUUUCUAUUCUUAACCCUUUCUGUAAACUCAAGUUUACAAAAUAAUUGAAAACUUUACUCAUCUAUGACUUGAUAGAAAUAAUAUUCGAUACACACACAGCUUGCGCAAUAAUAAUAACAAUAUAAUUAAUUAGUCUAGCAGUUGAUCGUAGCUUGCCAGAAAUUCGAGUUUUAGCGGGAGAAAACUGCAGUUCCAUGAAGAAACAGUUAAAUCCAAUUACUACACUCAGUGACAAAUGUUAUCCUCACAGGUCAAUAAGAAACCUUCUCUUCUAUGUAUUGUGUAUUUCCAUCAGAAGCUGAGCACGCACGCAUAUGCACGUUGCAAUUUGGUACUGCAACCAUGGGGCAACUGCGACUGAGCGAAAUGCUAAACCUAUGAGGAUCAUCUGGAAUUCCUGCAUGCAACAGACUGAGCAACUGAGCAGGCAAAGCACUAUCUACCAAUUCGCAUACACAUAGCUGCUAAAAACAGGAUAAUAAUCGGCAUGAAGUUCAGCUCGUAAGGUAUGGCACGUCUCCUAUCAUCAAUUCAGCUAGAUACGAACAGAUGCAACGUAAAUUACAUGCUGUCUCCCUGGAACCUUGAUUUAGCAAUUUAGCUGACUGACCGACAGUGCUCGUCUACAAAUAUUCACAAUAUUCCACGUGAUUUCCGUUGUACAACCAUCGGUUUGGCACUCAGAUCAGAUUGCUGUCAAAUCCAACAAUAAACGGAAUCAACUACUGUAUCAUCGUAAGCAGGCAUUGUGAAUAUUUAGCUGAUUGGAGUAAAGCGUCGUAAAACGGAGUUGUUUAGCAGAACACUUGAUAGUUACAAAACAAAAACAGCGGAGAAAUAAUAAGUUUGAGCUUGAUGGUAAUGAAUUACAUGAUUUUCAAUUCAAAUUGUCAGUAAUAAAAACAUGUGGGAUGAUUUUUAAUCUGGAAGCAGAAAAAAAAUAAAUU